AAACGCAGCGUUGAGGAAACCGGGGCUUGCGUACCAACAGCGCAUGUUAGCUAUAAAAACAAUUUUACAUUAUUUUUACAUUUAUUUAUCAGCGCCGCGGGGGAAACACUACACUAAUGGAGGUUAUUGGGUCAAUGGAGAAAAUAAACGACCCAAGCCUGCUGCCUCUCUCCUCCCUUCGCCUCCUGGUGCCCCCACUGCAGCUUCUGUCUGCAGCAAUGUGGCAGCUGGCGAAGCAGAAAGACGUUAUGAACUAUGAGAAGCUCCAGGAGUUUGUCUUCAUGGUGACCGCGGCGGUCCCUGGACUCAUCAACCACAGACAGAGAGCCCAGCUCCUCCUGGGUCUGAGGGCAAGGUUGAUUCUGGAGCUUUGCAAAGGCUCGGCUCGCGGUUCUGUUGAUUCUCAAGCCAUCCAGAGCCAUUUGGAGAGACUCCCAAUAACCAACGCAAACACGGAUUACAGGGACGCAGAGGUGAAAACAACAGAGUCCACUUUCAUUGCACUUGUUAAGAGCCUGCUGAAAGAUCCCGUUGAGAGAGCGUAUUUCUUCCAGGAGGUGUUCCCCGUGGAAUAUGGGCCACAAUAUGACGCUGCUCUUCACGUGUUAUUGUGGGAGCUGCUCUCAAAACUGGAGAAGCUGCUUCCGGUACCGGACUUAAAACAGACCGCGGCUUGGCUCGGCUCGGCUCCUUCUGCGGUGGAGGAAUGUGUUCAGUCCUCACCCGAAGAGCUGAGUUUCAUCUACGAGCACUACAAAAGCUCAGGGAUACUGAAAAUGCCGUACGGCCCUUCGUCCACCAUCGGCAGCUGCAUCUUGUCUGCUUUAUCCAUCCCUCCCUCGCAACAGACGAACCUCUCCGUCGGACUGGAGUCGAUCCACAACUACGCCAACGUGCUGAACCCCGUCGCUUUCGUGGGAGCGGACCAGUACAGCGUCGUGGCCGUCUACACCGAAGUCGAAGUCGGAGCGUCCGAGGUCGACGAGGAAAUGAUGGAAUCGGCCGAAGUGCAAGUUCAAACGGAUUUCUACGAGGAGGAGAUCGUGGCCGUCGCCGGCGCCGAGGAGGCGGCCGGCUCGAGGGCGGAGGAGACGAGUGAAACCGCGGAUGUGGCGAAAGCUCUGGAGACUCUGACGAAAACGUUCGCGCUGAGGAAGGAGAGCCUCGGUCAAGACGCACCGACGGGAAAGAGCAACGACUCGUCCCUCAAUGAGGAGUUUGGGUUGGGAAACGCACCGGACGAAGGACAAGAAUCGAGUGAGCAAACGGACGAGAACAGAGGAAAUGUCGAGGAGGCGAAGGAGGAUCUCCAAACCGGAGGUGCGGACUUAGUGGAUGACCCAGAAUCCUUUUCUGCCGGUGAAGAAACGACCGGGGAUCCAGGCGCUGAAACGCAGCGGUCUCCCGGUUCGGCUAAAGUGCGCCGGUCCACUCGUCUCCAGAUGAAGACCUCGCCCAGUCGGCUGGAGACGUGCAAAAUCCAGAGGUCCGCCAUGGAAAGUGAUGGAGAAUGUCUAAAAAUGAGCAAAGCUGAUGUAUCAGUGUUCCCCUCUGUCAUAGCCAUCAAAGGAAUCAACACAGGCGACGCGGACGAGAUGACGUCCAUCAUCUUUACCUGCUCCGAGUGUCCCUUCCACAACUCUGAGGAAAACAGCCCUCCUCACUUCCACAUGCAAAGUGUUCCCACCCAAGUAUACAAGACUCUCUCGGGGGCCAAAUUUACGCCGUCUCCUUCGAGCUUCGAUGAGAUCUUCACGUCCAUUAAACUCUUCCCCACGGGGGGCAAAGAGGAGGGCGCAGCGCAGCGGCCCGACGCCCAAAGCGACGUCAAAGAGCUCCCGUCCCGAAGCGGACCGAAGGCCCUCACGUGCGACACGUGCGGGAAGACGUUCACCCGGUCGUCCGACGUCAGGAGGCACCAACUCACGCACACCGGAGAGAGGCCGUUCCACUGCUCGCAGUGCGCCCGCACCUUCCAGCACUCGUGGGAUCUGGCCAAGCACGAGGGCAAGCACCACGGCGCGGCCGUCUCCUUCUCCUGCCAGCUGUGCGGCAGCUCCUUCGCCAACCUCCGCACGCUCACGGCCCACCACAAGCAGUCCCACUCUCGGGAGAGCCAGCUUCCUCAGAUCUGCUCCAUCUGCAGCCACAGCUUCCCGACUUCCCACGAGCUGCUCGAGCACAGGAAGUCCCACGUCUCCGCCAAGCGCUACAUCUGCCGGCAGUGCGGCGAGGGCUUCGACUCCCUGCUGGCGCGCGCCCAGCACCGGCAGAUGCAUCGCGUGAAGAGUCAGUUCAAGUGUCCGCACUGCGAGAAGACGUACACCCGGCGAUCGGACGUCAAGAGGCACCUGUCCACCCACACCGGGGAGCGGCCGUACCAGUGCGGCCAGUGCAGCAAGCGCUUCUCGCUCCGCUUCAUGUUCAUGAAGCACCUCCGCGUUCACACGGGCGAGCGACCUUUCCAGUGCUCCCACUGCCCCAAGAGGUUCACGCUGGUGUCGGUGCUGGCCAGGCACGAGAGGAUGCACACCGGGGAGAAACCGUUCCUCUGCUCUCAGUGCGGGAAGGGCUUUCUAUCGCAGGGCGAGCUCUCCAAACACCACCGGUCCCACGUGGACGACAGGCCCUACUCCUGCCCUCAGUGCGACAAGCGCUUCAAGAGCAAGAAAACCCAGCAGGAGCACAUCGUGUCGCACACCGGCGCCCGGCCGUACCCAUGCACCUACUGCGGCAAGGGCUUCACCAAGCCGUACGCGCUGACCAGACACAACCUCAUCCACACGGGGGAGAGGCCGUUCCCCUGCGGACACUGCGAGAAGUCGUUCCUCACCCUCGGCGAGGCCCAGCUGCACCGGCGCAUCCACACGGGGGAGCGGCCGUACCCGUGCGGCGUCUGCGAGCUCAAGUUCAAGAGCUCGUCGGAGCUGGCGCGACACAGGCGGAGCCACUCGGGGUCGAAGCCACCGAAGCCUCGCUGUGAGCGCUGCGGGAAAACGUUCACGUCCAAGGCCAAGCUUGAGAAGCACAUGGAGAAACACGGGGAAGAGGCAGCGCCGCCGGCGGACUCGAUGCAGCCGGAGGAAUCGAAUCAUUAAAUGACUAAUCGACGACCGGAUACACCCGGAGUGGUUUUAAGGAUGCUUGUGGUCAGAUAUUUAGCUUAAUCAAAGGUAUCAAGUGUUUAUCAGGAGAGAAACGAGUGUCCACAGGUGAAGGAAAUUGUUCAAUAAAUACUUCUUUUUUUUUACUCCA